CGCCCUUGACGUAGUGAGGUAGUCUAACAAUAUUUUUGAGCUACUUCGACUUCUUUUCACAUUAUUUCUUGGACGAAGAACUGUAAACUUGAUAAAGUAUAUGGUUUUUAGUCCAAAGCAAAGGUGAUUGUGAGUCACAAUGGGUCAGUUACGUUUUAAAUCGAUCACACACGCAAGGAUAUUUGUGAUUGUCAUGUCGACUCUGGGUGUAGGAAUUUACUUUUCCCCGACUCUGUACCGUGCAUUCAUAUUGCCAAGGAAACUAGAACAAAGGCAAAAGGAACUCGAUUCAGGAGUGAACUUUAUGGUGGUGCAAAAGAACUGUUAACAAAUUUCAGCAUAUAUUUUUCUUGGACUGGCGAUAACAGCAAAAAUCAACAUUAACUUAAGUGGAUAUUAAAUUGCUACCAUAAACAAUCCAAAUGACCACCUCUUCACAUCUCAACUCCAGACUUCAAUCAGGAACCAAAUCAGCACCAGCUACUGCUGAAGAAAAGAGCGGCAUGAUGACAUAUGUAGGGAGAAAUAUCCAUGAUUUUUUUGAAGACAUGCCUUGGCUCAAACUUACAAGGACAGCUGUAGAGGUAGACAGUAGGGGAAUGCGGGACCAGGCCAAACGAUAUCCAGAAAAUACUGACUUCAUAAGCGCACAGUCAGCAGAGGUGCUGUGCCACAUCUUUAGCUUUCUUCCUGUCCAAGACGUCCUCAAAAUGCAGUAUCAGAAUAAGAAGAUGCAACAUGCUGUGAUGCUUUAUCUGAAACUACUUCGUUCCAUCGACUUUGGUUAUGGAGAGAUUUUGUCAAAUUUUCCAUCAAAACUGACAGAUUCUGUGCUGAUGCGAUUAAUGGAAAAGUGUCCCCAUCUUGAGAAUAUCUACAGCUUCCACCCUCAAGAACUGACACCACGUCGAUUCCGCAACUGUCCUAGCCUUAGUGUGCCAGGGUGUAUUGAUGCCUUUUUGGUCCUUCCAUGUUUGAAAGGGGUAGAAAUUUCAGAUCCGGCUCUUUUUGAGGCCAUACUUACGUAUCUUCCCCAUUUGCACAUAAUUGGCGCCUUCAAGAACCGUGCUUGUUUCUUGUCCAAAGAGCCCUUUUACAGACUCACGCUUCCAGCUUCUCCAAAUGUUACCACUUUGAACUUGACUGGCGUUACAGUGCCUGAAAUAUCACGAUUAACAACAGUACGACAUCUCUUUCUUCACUGUGUUCACCUGACCCACCCACUGCCUUUCAGAGACUUCCUGGCCCCCAUGCUGGAAACAUUUGUCAUGGCAAACUGUGUAGGCCCAUCCCACUCUCUGAAAUAUGUAUCUCUCUUCACUGGCCUUGCAGCAGGGCGCAACCUUUCACGUCUAGAAUUAAUCAGAGUGCCUUUCUUGGGUGGUAUCUUCCAGCACAUUGUUGAAGAUAGCUGGCGAGUUCAAGGUUUUCAGAAUCUGAGAAAGAUAACUAUGGCAGCAUGCAAAUUUGCCCUUGAACUUGACCUUGGAUUCCUUGCAAUUACUUCUGCACAAAGGCUGGAAGAAAUGCUGAUACAACCAUCCCUUGCUAGAGACAGCUUUUUCUCUGCUCUGAAGGUGUCAGAAGCCACCUUUCCUAACUUUAAAAGACUUAGUCUGGGGCAUGUUGAUGCUUUUGGGCAGUCCAAAGCUGACAGGCUGAUCCUUGCAGACACUGGAGAGCUGUUUGGUGUCUCAGAGGUAAAAGAGAAUCCUGCACUUGUCACAGACAUGGGGAUGGCAGCUGCAGCACAUUGUUUUCCAGCACUUACCUCCUUAACCAUCAACAACUGCCCACAUCUUCAUCUGCCACACACUUGGCUAAUCUCAGGAAUGAACACAUGGACCAAUCUACAGCACUUAAGUUUGUGCAGUUGUCAUGCGAUGACUCUAGAGAGCUUAGAGUCUCUUGUGGCUCAGUUGCACUCCCUGACUACGUUGUUCCUUGAGUCAAUGUUUAGGGAACCACCCAAAGGCUGUUCACGGGUUGGACUUAGUGCUGGUACAGGCCUGGGUGUGUCAGCAGCCUUGGUUCAGAACCACAACUCUCUGACAAACCAUGCCAAUGGUGCACCUGUUGUUGAUGCAUAUGCUGGUGAGGAAAAUGACAGUGAGGAUAGUGAUGAUGAGGAAAGGCUUGGUGGUGAUGGUGAGGGCAACGAAGCUAUUCCCCAAUUUAGGGAGGAGGAGGAGAAUGCUGGUGAAGCAGAGAUGAUGGAGAUCAACAACAAUGACCCUGUCAUGGAAAACAUAGAAGAAAACAACACUGAGGGCAACAGACAUGCAGUGAAUCUACCCAUUUACAAAGAGCACAACAUUGCUGACAAUAUGCAGGAAAACUGUUGUGGUUUAGCUUUUGCCGUUGCUGGCAAUACAAAUGAUGUUGGUGAUAGGGAUGACGAUCAUUACGAGGAAGAGUUGCUUAGUGCUUCUGGUCUUGUGACAGACAUGGGACCCCUUCAGUCCCAUAUGUCUAGCUUACCAGGGAACAGCAGUGAGAGUCUACAACAUGAACCAUCAGUUUCAGCUUCAGUAAAAAUUGAUUUUCAGAGCAGAGGGGAUGAGAGCCCUGUUCCUUGCUGUAGUAGUAUGCUUUCUCAAGAAUUAAUAGGACAUCAACACGAAGAAGAUGGUGCAAGCAAGAGUUCUUCUACAGGCAGCAAGAAAACAGCAGCCAGUACCUCAUCUGCCAGAUGUCCGUGGCAACUAAGGUCACAUUCUUUGUUGCAUUCAGAAGCUAAAAGGCAACAUAAAGUCACCACAGGAAUGUUUUCAGUUGAAGAGACUGAGGAGUCUUUUAGCUCCUUACAGAAUCCCUCUAAAGAUCACGAUCAUGAAAAUGGUUCAGAUGUUGAUGCGGAUGAUAAAAACCACAUGACUGGCAACUCACAGCAUAUUGAAAACAGCAGAUGCUUGUCCCAGGAGCCAGGUAGCCAGGUUUCAGGAGAGCUUACAUCUGACUCUGAGGCCUUGACUAGAAGUCGACAACUAGCAGAGGAAACCUCAGCAUGGCUGCAGUGGGAUAGUUCCAGUGAACUUGAUGAGUUGCACCACUCAUGGUAUCAGUCUUCUGCUGACAGAGACUGUCCUCACAACCUGACCACAUCCACAGUUGGUGAAGCCUUGUGUUUCCCUAGUUCUGAUCCUCGCGUGUCUUCCUUAGAUUCAGUUUCUGUGCCAGGCCCUUCAGGUAUGUCACCUCUACCCUCAUGUGGCAUAGGUGAAAAAGAAUUUGCUGUCCCUGGGCAUACCUCAGGGCAGACAGUCGUCCCAUUGUGUACACCACCUUCUAUUAGUUCUUCGGGUAAUUUUGAUCACCGACUAAGUGACAUUGAUGAACUUGACAGCGUAAAUUCUUCAGACUUUCUGGAAUGUGGUUCAGGAGUUAACCAUAUUGGAUUGAAGCCAAGUAGUUGUGAUCAGCAAUAUGUAAGCAGCAAAUCUUUUGACAAUGAUACUCGCACACUGAGACCAAGGAACUGGGCAGAACAGAGCCUUAAACAGGGCUCAGACAAAAAAAGUGUUGUCAACAAGCAGACUAAUGACAAAAACUACCAUGGUCAGAACUUUGCACAGGCCAAACCUUCAAACACCAAGAUCAAUGAGAGUUCAUGCGAGCAAGAGCUGGCCACUCAUGGGGCAGAUGAACGACUUUCCUUCCCCGUUGAAGGUCCCGUACACCCUUUGCCCCGACCUUUCAAGGGAAAAGGUCUGCUGGGAAAAAAGAAGAGUGUUGCAAAAAGAAGUCGUGGUCUAAGUGAUGAUGGUGGAUUUGCAGAGCUGUCCUGUCCUGUGUGCCCUUAUAAGAAAGACAAGUGGUGCCAAGCCAACAAUGAUGAAAUAAGAGACUCCAUAAGACGAGUGCGAGAGCAGGAAGACAUUGCAGGCAACCAAGGGAAGAAAUCAAGAGCUUCCAACUCAGGUAGUGGAUCAUCGAACAAAAAGUCACUGGAGGAAGUUGAUAGCACACUUACACAAGUGAGUGGGGAGGGAGACAUGCCACAUGCAGGAGCAAAGCGAUGCACAUGCUUGUCCAGGGCAGGGAAGAGCCCUCCCAUUAUGGUUAGCAAAGCCACCAGCACAAGUGAUCCCGUAUAUGAGGAGGAUCAUGUGCAGGUACUGAAACUCCAUUCUGACUCUCUUGCCCAUAUCACACUACGUAUGGUUGGGAUAACAGAAUUGAGGCUGAUGGACUGCCCAAGGCUGAAGAGUGUACGAGGAAGUGCUUGUCGAGUUCUGCGGAAUGUGAAAGUCGAGCAUAGUCCACUGUUAGGACGAGUGCAGUGGGCACAGUGUACCAAACUGGAGACCAGGUCGGUGUUAGAAUCUGUCUGUCAAGGCUUGCAUGACUCUGGUUCUUGUGUUAUCAUCCUGAGGCCAAUGAUGGAGAUUAACGAGGAAGAGCUGACGCAGGAACUGUUGACACUGCCAGACAUAAAGAAGCAUGUAUGCGUGGUGUUUGACUACAGCCCUAAUCCAGCUGCUACUCUGUACAAUCAGCACCGAAUGGCAAACUGGGCAGAACUAUUUCAUGCAAUUAACAGAUUUUGUCUGGAUGAUCUUCAUUUUCCCAGUGGGAAUUUGUCACUUUCAAAGAGUUCUUCCAUCUCUAGAGUAAACUGUUACUCUUUGAAAGGUCUGAACUGCAAUGACAGUGUGUGGCACUUAACUACUGACUUUCCAUGGCUGAGGCACCUGUCUCAUUUGAUGCACAACCCAGUGACAGAAAUGCCUUCAUACUGUGAGAAAGCUGGUCUGUUUUGUAAAGAACUCAAAGGUUUCACAAAAAAUGAAGACUGCAUUGAUGCAUUGAUGCCAGCUGUCAAGGACAAUAGAAUACCACUGUAUUUGGGGACAGUAUUCAUUUACAUCAACAUGUGUGAUGUGACAGGGGUGCCUACUCCUGAUGUAUAUGUAUGAGAAGAGACGAUUGGCCUUUAGUCUUUUAUUUCAGUUUUGUGUGUUUUCUGAAAAACUCUGUGCAACCAACAGACAACAAUUUUCAUGAGGUAGUUUUUAUGCAGAGGCAAAGAGCCUGGGAGAGAAGAAGAAAAUAGAAUACUUUGAUAUUUGCUAAAUAGUGAGCUGAUACUGUUGUGUUGGAAAAUAAGCAGACAUAUAUUAGUUUUCAUAAUUUUUCUUUAAAUAGACUUUACCAGUUUAUGCUUCACUGGCAACUGCGGAUAAAUAAGCAAUCUUCAGCAAAGGAAGACUUGUUGGUUUUCAAGAUACAUCUGAUGGCACAUAGGAGAUGGUGUCAGUAGCUAUAAUGAUGGUCAUUUUCUUGCCUUGAUUGCUCUACCGGUAACCUUUUAAUUCCAUGAUGCACUGCAAUGCUUAAAUGUAUAAACAUAUAUUAAUAGGCAUAUUAUAUAGAUUAUACUUUAUCUGUCAUAAAGGAGGUAACUUCACAAUUGAACUUCCAAUGUUUUACUAUAUUGUGAUUGCUGAUGUUUUUUUUUUGUUUUCUUUUUUUUUUUUUUUGCGACCGAGGCUAGAUGCCACACCUCAGUGUAGAUUUUGUGUUCAGGACAUCCAAGACUUAGCUGUGAUUUUUCUUUACCAGAAUACUUCAACAAUUCUUAUCAUCUCAGGUCUUUGUAGAGCUGCAUUGAAUUAAGGGUUUUUGUGUUAGAUUGCUUUUUGGGUUUGAAGCUGAUAUUGAGAAAGGAGAAAGAACUGUGUUUAUGGAUAUCUCUUCUCUAAUUUCAUGGUGUGUUUUUAAUCUUCAUAAAUUUUACUAUUAAUGUUCUGCUUUGAUUAUUCCUAAUAUUUAAUAAAGAUAAAGCAACACUGCUCAUUUAUGAUAAAUAUUUUAAAUGUUUCCCUAAUGAUGACUGUAAUGAUGAAACAAAUAAAAUGCAGAAUCAUUGUGA